AUGUCCGGAACUACCCACACCCACGACCGGGACCCGGGUCAAACGGGCCUUGCGCCGAGACCUGGCUCGGCCUCGAGCCGUAGUCCGAGCCCCGCUCCGAAAGCCAAGCCUCUUUUUCGAUCAGUACCUUUCCAGAUUCUCGUCGCUUGUGGCGUAUCCUUCACAGCCCCUGGCAUGUGGGAUGCCCUGGGCGGGCUCGGGGCCGGUGGCGCCGCUGAGCCAUAUGCUGUAAGCGCAGCCAACGCUCUUGUCUAUGGCCUAUUCGCGGUCGUCUGUGUCGCUGCAGGCGCCAUCAACAAUCGUAUCGGUCUGCCAUAUGGGUUAGCUCUGGGUGCCAUAGGCUACCCGCUCUACGGCGCCGGCUUGUAUACGAAUAACGUCAGUGCCAACACUUGGUUUAUGUUGUUUGGCAGCGCCCUUUGCGGCAUCUCUGCUGGAUUUUUCUGGGCAGCUGAGGCCGCCAUCAUCAUUGGCUAUCCAUCCCCUGGAGACCGAGCAUUCUAUCUCGCUAUCUGGCAAACAGCCAAGGCUGCAGGUCCCAUCGUGGGCGGUGCCAUCAACCUGGGUUUGAAUGCAAACCGGAAGACCACGGGAUCCGUCUCGUCAUCAACUUACAUCGUUUUCAUUGUCAUCAUGUGCCUUGGUCUUCCCAUUGCGCUGUGUUUAUCACCUGCUGACAAGGUCUGGCGCAAAGACGGAACCGUCAUCUCAACACCGAGAGCUCCGACAUGGGGGGCAGAGUUCAAGGCCGUCGGGAAGCUGUUCACCAGCCGCAGGAUCUUGCUACUACUGCCAGCCUUCUUCAUAAGCUACUUCUAUAACGGUUUCAUGAGCACUUGGCUCGCGACCUAUUUCACCGUGCGCUCGAGGGCGUUUUCGAGUUUCUUCACCAACUUUGCGGGCAUCUUCAGCUCCUUCAUGAUCGCCGCGCUGUUGGACAACCAGAGGAUCCAUAUCAAGAGCCGUGGCCGUAUCGCAUUUGUUUCCAUUGUCUUUGUUCUUGUGGGCACAUGGAUAUGGGCUACAGUACUACAGAAGCAGAUAUACGACGCAAGUGAGCCGCCUGCUUAUGACUGGUUUCAGGGGGGAUUCGGAAAGAGCUAUGCCCUCGUUUUCUUCUGGCAAUUUGGUGGCCAGGCCUUUCAACAAUUCUUAUACUGGCUCGUCGGCCAGUAUGCGACAGAUCUUUCAGACUUGAGUCGUCACACUGGCAUUCUAAGAGGUACAGAGGCCUUGGGUCAAACUGUUGCCUGGGCUAUGCAAUCCGAAGGCAACGCCAACCACUUUGUUAGCAUUGGUCUCAACUUUGGCAUAACAGUUCUCUGCGUCUUUCCCACCUGGCUGGUGCUGUCUGCACUGGAAGGAAGCCACGAGGAGAGAAAGACUAGCCCCGAACGCCCCAUAGAUGAUAUUGAAGAGGAGGAUAUUGGAACAAAGGCAGCGGCCAAGUAA